AUGGACCUCCUCUCGAGCGUCCGCAAAUCCGGCUCCCGCGGCGGCGUCAACUUCAGCUGGGACGAGGUCGCGCAAUCCAGCCACCGCGAGAACUACCUUGGCCACAGUCUCAAGGCCCCCGUCGGCCGCUGGCAAAAGGGUCGUGAUCUGAACUGGUACGCCAAGUCCGACGAUAAGCCCGGCGACAGCAACGAGACGGACCAGGAGCGAGAGGAGCGCGAGCGCCGCGAGGAACUGCGCAAGGUCAAAGAGGCGGAAGAAGACGCCCUCGCGCGCGCGCUGGGAUUGCCCGUUCCGAAACGGGACACGUCGGGCGCGAAUUCUAUCGAAGUCACCGGGUCGCGUAACAUUGGACCUGCGCCUAUGCCUGUUCCGGAAGAGAAGGGCGGGCUCGUAGUAAAGGACAAGAGGGAGAGACGGGAAAGAGAUGAAGAUAGGCAUCGGAGGAGAAGACAUCGGAGCCGGAGCCCGAGGCGGGAGAGGAGGAGAGAUGAUGACAGGCGCAGGAGCCGAGAAAGGGAUCGUGGGGACGACCGGCGUCAUCAAGAGCGAGAUGGCGACCGCGAGGAGCGAGUAAGAGAUCGCGACGAGAAUCGUGAGAGACGGCACCGGAGAGCGAGAAGUGGUAGCCGAGGCCAUGAGCGCGAGCGCAAGGAGCACCGUCGGAGGAGCAGGAGCAGAGAAGGUCAGCGACCGCGGUCGAGAGAUCGCAGACGCAGCCCGGAUGAGCGCCGUCGGUGA